AUGGGCCCAGCGAAAACCCUAACAAUUUUUUGUAUUCUAUUUUGGUUCUCUCUCUUUCUGUUCUUCCAAAAAUUCAACCAAACAAACUGCAUCUGUUAUAUACAUAUUAUAUAUCAAUUUGCACAUAUAACUAUCACUGAAAUACAUUCCUAUCGGUAUUUUUUCUCCAUUCGCUCAAUUAAGGAAUCAGGGAUUUGAAGGUUUGGUCUUGCUUGAAUUGUUGUUGGAAUAGUAAAUCAGCCGAAACUACAAGUAGAAUUCAAUGGGGAAAAAGAAGCCUGUGCGUGAAGAAGAGAGUCUAGAAUCUUCCAAGCAGGGUGGUGUUGGUGUUGGUGGUGGAGGAAAGUCGAAGAAGAAGAAUCGGAUGAUAGAUGAUGAUGAAUACUCUGUUGGGACAGAAUUGUCUGAAGAGCCUGUCGUUGUGGAAGACAAAGGCGUGGCAGUGUCGGAGAUUAGUAAGAAAAGAGGUAAGAAGGGCAAGAAAUCUGGGGGUCGAGAUGAAGAUGAUUAUGAUACAGAGGAUAAACGAGAGGAGGAGGAUGAGGAAAAGAAGUUGGGAGGUGGUGAAAAGAAUCGUGCUAAGCAGGUUGGUGGAGGAGGCAAGUCGAAGAAGAAGAAUGUGGCUAUUGAUGAUGAUGAGUACUCUAUCGGGACUGAAAUAUCUGCGGAGUCUGGGAUUCAGGAAGAGGAAGUAGCACCGGCAAUGGCAUUUGGCAAGAAAAAAAGUAAAAAGGGGAAGAAGGGCGGGGUUAGUACGUCUAGUUUUGGAAUUCUAGGACAUGAUGAUGAUGAUGAAGACAUGGCGGGUUUGACGAGGGAUAGGGAUGGAGUGGCUGGUGAUAAUGGCCGAGAGGCUGAAAGCGUUGCCUCCCUUACAGGAAAAACUAAGGAUUUAAAACUGGGGAAGAGCAGUGCAAGUUUGUUUGCUACAUCUGCGUUUCACGCCAUUGAUGAUGAGGAUGGCGAAACUGGGAUGCUGUCUGAGGAAGAUGAAGAGCCAGCUGUUGCCUUUACCGGUAAGAGUACUGGUGUUUCUUUUAGUACUGCCCUUCUUGACGAAGAAAAUGAUGAAGAUGCCUCUCCUAAAUUGGAGUCAGAGGCAAUUGAAGAAGAUGAUGCAGCAGGAAUUAUUUUUUCAGGUAAAAAGAAGUCAUCUAAGAAAAAGAAUAAAAGUACAUCGAGCCCAUUGGCCACUGAUGUCGGAAAUGACUCAACCAGUGUUGCUGAUCAAGACCAAACUAGCCUAGGGGUUAAUGGGGAAGAUGCUGAUGAUAAUAGAGGCAAAAAGCAGACAACUGAUGUGUCAGAAACUUCAAAGAACAAAACCAAGAAAAAAAAGGGUGGGCGUACUGUUCAACAAGAUGAAGAUGAGAUCGACAAGAUUCUGGCAGAGCUUGGUGAAGGGUCAGCAAUCCCUGCUCCUGCUCAACCUGCUAAUGCUUCUCUUCCACAAGAGGAGAAAAGUCAACUGCCGUCUCCAUUAGGAAAUGAUACAGGGGAAGGAGAAGCAGUUGAGGAAGGAGCUGUGGAGUCUGCCGCUGCGAAGAAGAAGAAAAAGAAGAAGGAGAAGGAGAAAGAGAAAAAGGCAGCUGCUGCGGCUGUCUCUGAGAUGGAGGAAAAGCAGGAAGUAACAAAGAAUGAUACCAAAGGAAAGUUGGCAGAUAAAAAGCAGUCGAAGCAGGUUAGGGAGAUGCAAGAGAGACUUAAAAAAAUGAAGGAAGCUGAAGAAAGGAAGAAAAGAGAAGAGGAGGAAAAAUUAAGGAAGGAAGAAGAAGAACGUCUUCGACUGGAAGAACUAGAAAGACUUGCAGAGGAGAAAAAACGCUUGAGAAAAGAGAGGGAGAAGGAAAAGCUCUUGAAAAAGAAACAAGAAGGGAAAUUGCUUACUGGAAAGCAAAAGGAAGAAGCUCGAAGAUUAGAAGCAAUGAGAAAGCAAUUUCUUGCUAGUGGCGGGGCUUUACCACUCUCAACUGGGGAGACUAAAAAAGAGGCAACCAAGCGGCCUAUUUAUCAAUCAAAGAAGUCAAAGGCACAUGCUCUGUCUAAUGGAAAAGCUCAGGAAGAGUCUGUUGAAAGCACACAAGUGCAAGAAAAUCUGCAGGAGAUCGUCUCUGAGGUUGAUGCCAUGGAAACUGAGAAGGUUGAGGAUAUGGAUUUUGUAAGCAUAGAGGAGAAGUCAGAAGUAGCUGAUGCUGAAGAAACCAGAGUUGAGGAAGAGGAUGAUGAUGAGGAAUGGGAUGCAAGAAGUUGGGAUGAUGCUGAUCUUAAACUGCCAGGAAAGAGUGCUUUUGAAGAUGAAGAGCUAGAUUCAGAUCCCCAACCUAUCACUAAGAAAGAGAUUAAGGUUGCAAGGUCUGUUGCAAGUGAUGCGGGUCCACUGCCUGUUGCUUCCAAGGCUGUAAUUCCUACUCAAAAAGCAGUUGUAAGUGCACCAGCUGUCACAAAGAAUACUGUAAGUAAGAAGAGGGAACCUGAGGUUGUGGUUGCAGGGCAAGGAACUGAAAAACCUGGUGCUUCUCAAAGCGAGAGUGAAGACAAUCUCCGGUCUCCUAUAUGCUGUAUCAUGGGGCAUGUUGAUACUGGUAAAACCAAGCUGCUUGACUGCAUACGUGGCACUAAUGUUCAAGAAGGUGAAGCUGGAGGGAUUACACAGCAGAUAGGUGCAACCUAUUUUCCAGCUGACAAUAUAAGGGAGAGAACUAAGGAGCUGAAAGCUGAUGCCAAGCUGAAGGUCCCUGGAUUGUUGGUCAUUGACACACCUGGACAUGAAUCAUUCACUAAUCUGCGUUCUCGAGGUUCAGGAUUAUGUGAUAUUGCAAUUUUGGUCGUAGACAUUAUGCAUGGGUUAGAACCACAGACUAUUGAGUCUCUUAAUCUUCUAAAGAUGAGGAAUACAGAAUUUAUUGUUGCACUGAACAAGGUAGAUAGGCUCUAUGGAUGGAAAGUGUGCCGCAAUGCACCCAUUGUUAAGGCAAUGAAGCAACAGUCCAAAGAUGUUCAGUUUGAAUUUAAUACCAGGCUUACUCAGGUCAUAACCCAGUUCAAGGAACAGGGUAUAAAUACAGAAUUAUACUAUAAAAACAAAGAAAUGGGGAAGGAUACUUUUAGCAUUGUACCAACUAGUGCAAUCAGUGGUGAAGGUAUUCCCGACUUGUUGUUAUUACUGGUCCAAUGGACUCAAAAGACGAUGGUUGGGAGACUUAGAUACAGCAAUGAAGUCCAAUGUACUGUUUUGGAGGUUAAGGUUGUUGAAGGUCAUGGAACAACCAUUGAUGUGGUAUUGGUCAAUGGUGUGCUCCAUGAAGGAGAUCAAAUAGUAGUUUGUGGCAUGCAGGAACCUAUUGUCACCUCAAUCCGUGCAUUAUUGACGCCUCAUCCAAUGAAGGAACUUCGAAUAAAGGGAUCAUAUCUGCAUCAUAAAGAAAUCAAAGCUGCACAGGGGAUAAAGAUUAGUGCUCAGGGACUUGAGCAUGCAAUUGCUGGCACUAGUUUAUAUGUUGUGGGGCCUGAUGAUGAUGUGGAGGACAUAAAAGAAGCAGCCAUGGAAGAUAUGAGGUCGGUGAUGAGCAGGAUUGAUAGAAGUGGGGAGGGAGUUUAUGUUCAAGCCUCUACGCUUGGAUCAUUGGAAGCUUUGCUGGAGUUCUUGAAAACUGACGAAGUAAGAAUACCUGUUAGUGGAAUUGGCAUAGGCCCUGUGCACAAAAAGGAUGUCAUGAAAGCCAGUGUCAUGCUUGAGAAGAAGAAAGAGUAUGCAACAAUCUUGGCCUUUGACGUGAAAGUGACACAAGAAGCUCGAGAACUUGCAGAUGAGGCUGGUGUAAAAAUUUUUAUGGCUGAUAUUAUUUAUCACCUAUUCGAUCAGUUUAAGGCCUAUAUUGAUAAUCUCAAGGAAGAAAAAAAGAAGGAAGUUGCUGAAGAAGCAGUCUUCCCCUGUGUGCUCAAGAUUGUACCUAAUUGUGUCUUCAACAAGAAGGACCCAAUUGUCGUAGGAGCUGAUGUUCUUGAGGGCAUUGCCAGGGUCGGCACUCCAAUAUGUAUUCCACAGAGGGAAUUCAUUGAUAUUGGUCGGAUUGCGUCCAUCGAGAACAACCAUAGACCUGUUGACUUUGCCAAGAAAGGCCAGAGGGUGGCCAUUAAGAUAGUUGGGUCCAACCCUGAGGAGCAACAGAAGAUGUUCGGCAGGCAUUUUGAAAUCGAAGACGAGCUUGUUAGCAAAGUAUCGAGAAGAUCCAUUGACAUUCUCAAGGCCAAUUUCCGGAAUGACCUGUCUGUUGAAGAUUGGAGGCUAGUUGUGAAAUUGAAGACCUUAUUCAAGAUACAAUGAGACUUCUUGCCAAGCUUUGCAAGUAGCUACAGCCUUGGCUUUUUGUGGAACUGCAUUUGGGUUCAGCAAUUCAUCGGGGCAAUAACCAGUGAUUUUGUUGGGACUCAUAAUCAUAAAGGAUGGAGAUACUUAGCUUACUAAACCAGCAACAACUAAGGUGCCAUAUCUGUGGACUGGUUUCCAGCAGAGGAAAAUUUUUGGUUGCUGAGCUUUCCGUUGAAGAGUAAGAUGCUGAUUCAAUAGCAGCUCUGAUUCCUUCACUGUUGAGUUUGAACUCUAGAUAGAAGGCACCAUACACGUUCUUGGUACAGCUCUUCCAAUACUGAAAUGGUAAAAAUAGCAUAAGUACUGUGAUAAUUUUGGUAGUGCUGGCCAACCACAGAGAUGAGUGUUGUACAGGGGCGGCAAAAAUUACAGACUAAUCUUUUUUAUGUGCUUGUGAGUAUGUCAGAUAUGCGAGAUAAUGUCCUGCUCUUGUUUCCUAUAAAUUUCUUCUAAUUUUCUCAGAA